CGACGGCUACUGUACCAUUUUCGCUCAGUAAUUCGAGACGUCAAAAGUUAAUUCAGACCAUCUUCCCCCCCGCCCCCCCAACAAAGCCCCACAAUCAGCUGCAAUGCCUGGGCUCGACCAAAUUAUUCUACAACCCGACUCAAGGGAGCUCCUUCCCCCGCUCCUGGCCUGCCUCGCAGUAUCAGGUAAAGCAAAAGAGGCUCCACCAGGACUACUGCCCCUUGUCUCACCGAUUCUUCGCCAGAGACUUCAGCUUGUUGCUACAGACGACUGGCUCUCCCUCCUUUGCUGGGACCGGGAUGUCGCGGCGAAGUUACCAUCGGUCAUAGAGAAGAUCCGCGUCGAGCCACACCCAGCAUCUGGCGAGAUCGAGCCGGAAGACCCAGACCAAAUACUGUACAGGCGGUCAGAUCCUGAGACACUACAUGCGAGAUUGGUAUUGGGCGAAUUUGGCAUUAUCCCAACAUACCUCUGGUGCACAGGUGGAGAGAGCGGCAGCAGAUGGCUCCUUGCUGAGCUCAGAGGAAUCGCAAAUGCCGACGAUGGCACAGAAUGGUUCGAAAGCCUAGGCGAGGCAAAUGAAGCAGGCUUCCAUCGCAAGCCCUUGAAGAGUAACGGCUACCCCACACAGCAAAUCACACAAUACUCGGAGUCGCAGCAAGAGGACGAUGAAGAUGACGACGGCUCCUACUGGGCCGCAUAUGACCAGACACCCAACACCCGCACACCUGCGCAGAAACGCUCGCCCGUGCCGCAAACAAACAGCCGCACACAAAUCGGACCCACACAGUCUGAACUGGAGUAUUUCGCACGGUACGCUUCGGAGGUACAACCGGCGCUCGACGCGCACGACCCCGACGAAGAGAGCCCAGAAGCUGGCGAAUCGACACUCAACGGCAAUGCUCUGAACUACACUCGCGCUCCUCAAACCGAGCCGCUCGAGACUUCGAACCUAGGACCUAACGGAUACGACUCGUCGCUGCCACCAUCAUAUGUCAAUGGAUCUGGUGAAGAGAGCAGGACGGAGCACAUUGAGUCGGUCGACGACGCACGACAUGCUGCGCUGAACCACCCACGUCCGUCGUCUUCUAGCUCGUCGAGGUCGGUUGAGAGGUUGGAGAGGGAAGCAGCGACCCACAGCCAGGCUGAGCUGGCUGUCAAACAGCAUAUCAGUACGGAUAUCAAGAGCUUGUUCAGAUUGGCAAGAGCAUCGGGCAUUGAUAGGGAAGAGUUUGAGAGGAUCAUCCAGAGGGAGCUUGAAGUACUGCCUUUGCUUGAGAGGGAUUCUGACUAGACAACAAGUUGCAUACACGCAAGAUAAGCGGACCAAGUUGGGUACCAGAACAUGUGCAUAGCGUUCUGUUGGCGUUGUUGGCACAGCAUUUAUAAGCAUGUAACGAAUUCACAUAACAAAAUAGCAUCACACUCGAUCCGA